GUGGAGCACAGGUUUUGAACGAACAAAUAACUGAAUGAGUUUACCUUUCUGUGGGAGAAGAAGACAAAGGCAGGGACAUUUCUGGACCUUAGAUUUCAUUAGGCAACCAUUAAGUAGAUUUUCAGCUCUGACUGCAACCAUGAAGUCUGCAAAACAGCCCGAGGGCAAGCGGGUAGAGCCGUCCAAGAUGGAGACGAAGGAGCCGAAAGCACAAGAGGAGGCAGAGAUGGAAGAAGAAGAAGAGGAUGACAGUGGUCUCAUUGGAUUCUUCAAUUCCUACCAGGAGCUCUUCCAGUUCUUCUGCAACAACACGACCAUCCAUGGGGCCAUCCGGCUGGUUUGCUCUAAGAGGAACAAGAUGAAGACUGCCUUCUGGUCGGUCCUCUUCUUCCUCACCUUUGGCCUCAUGUACUGGCAGUUUGGCAUCAUGUAUGGUGAUUACUUCAGCUUUCCUGUCAACCUGAACUUGAACCUCAAUUCCGAUAGACUUACCUUUCCAGCUGUCACACUGUGCACCCUCAACCCCUACCGGUACAGUGCUCUGCAGCAUGAUCUUGAAGACCUGGAUCGCAUCACCCACCGAACACUGAUGGAUAUGUACAAAUACAACAUGCCAUUGGGGCAGAAAAACCGUAUGGGGCAGAAUAGUCGGAAACGCAGAUCCAGAAGCCUAUAUUACCACAUCCGGCGUCACCCGUUGCGUAGACAGAAGCGGGACAAUCAAGGCAGCAUGGAGGAUAACAAUCCCGAAGUGGGCAUGAAUGACUGGAGAAUUGGCUUCAUCCUGUGGAAUGAAAACAAGACUGACUGUUUCCACCAAAUGUACUCGUCAGGUGUGGACGCUGUGCGUGAGUGGUACAGCUUCCAUUAUAUCAACAUCCUGGCCCGGAUCCCUGCCACCAAGGACCUGGACGAGUCCAACUUUGAGAGCUUCAUCUACGCCUGCCGUUUCAACGAGGCAUCAUGCAACGAGGCGAACUACACGCAUUUCCACCACCCCAUUUAUGGGAACUGCUACACCUUCAACGACCAUAACAGCACCCUCUGGAUGUCUUCCCUGCCCGGGAUCAAUAAUGGCCUCUCUCUGGUUGUCCGCACAGAGCAGAACGACUUCAUCCCUCUUCUCUCCACGGUGACGGGAGCCCGGGUGAUGGUCCAUGCUCAGAAUGAGCCAGCUUUCAUGGACGAGGGGGGUUUUAACGUGCGUCCCGGCAUGGAAACCUCCAUCAGCAUGAGAAAGGAAACAACAAACCGCCUUGGAGGCAGCUACAGUGACUGCACCGAAAAUGGGAGCGACGUACCAGUGAAGAACCUGUACCCGUCCCGUUACACUGAACAGGUCUGCAUUCGUUCCUGUUUUCAGACUAUCAUGGUGGAACGUUGCGGCUGUGGCCAUUACUUCUACCCAUUACCACCUGGAGCAGUUUAUUGCGACUACACGAAACACUCAGGCUGGGGUUAUUGUUAUUACAAACUCCAGGCUGAGUUCAAGGCAGGCUUUCUGGACUGUUUCAGCAAAUGUCGGAAACCAUGCAAAAUGACCGAGUACCAGCUGUCGGCUGGAUAUUCACGCUGGCCUUCUCCAGUCUCUGAGGCCUGGGUCUUUCACAUGCUGUCUCGGCAGAAUAAGUACAACAUCACAUCCAAGAGGAAUGGAAUUGCCAAAGUGAAUAUAUUUUUUCAGGAGUGGAAUUAUAAAAGCAACGGGGAGUCUCCUGCUUUCACAGUGGUGACGCUGCUGUCCCAACUGGGCAACCAAUGGAGCCUCUGGUUCGGCUCCUCCGUCCUCUCCGUCGUAGAGCUGGCUGAGCUGAUCUUCGACUUCCUGGCGGUCACCUGCAUCCUUGCCUUGCAGUGGGCCUACCUGCACCGAUCCGCUGACCUCCCCGCCUCCGGUGGCCACGACAACACGGCCUUCUGCAGCGGGCCUGUUACACCUGGCUCCCCACAACACCUGCCCGUGGCAACCAGGGUAGCCACGCUGCCCUCCUACAAUAGCUUGGAAUCACUAGCCGCACACAGCUUUCCCUGCAGGGGAAGAGAGUGAGACCGAACCGCAU